ACACCACAUCCAUAUCUCUAGUACAUAGCCUUUUUUAUUCACCUUUUCAGUUUAAGAAAAAUGGUUUGGAACCUAAAGAACAUGAUGCUUCAUGGGUUCGGCCUCGUGUGUCUGUUCAUGACUAUUAACAAAGCCUACGCUAGAGAGUUUGCGGUCGGUGGUGCAAAAGGUUGGACCGUCCCUUCCGGCUCUCAAGUUUAUAGUCAAUGGGCAGAACAGAGCAGAUUCCAAAUCGGCGACUCUUUACUGUUUGUCUACCAAUCAAACCAAGACUCAGUGCUCCAAGUCACAAGAGACGCUUACGACAGCUGCAACACCGAUGCACCAACCGCUAAAUUCGCCGAUGGCAAAACUUCCUUCGCACUAGCCCAAUCUGGUCCAUACUAUUUCAUCAGCGGAAACAAAGACCACUGCCACAAGAACGAGAAGCUAGUGGUCAUCGUCAUGGCUGACAGAAGUGGCAACAAAAACAACAACACCACAUCAUCAUCACCUCCGUCUACAGCCCCGGCUCCUUCAGGCGAAUACGCUCCUUCUCCGCCUAUGGAGGGAGCCCUUGAGCCUCCAGCAGCUACGCCUACUCCAUCUCAAGAAACUCCAAACAACUCAGCUUCUCCAUCUUCUUCCUUUGUUGCUGCUGCUGCUCUUCUCGGAACUGCUCUUGCUUCAACUCUAUUCCUACACUAAUAAGUUUCUGUUUUGUCUUGUGUUUUUCACUUAUGCAACAAGUUUCUGUUUUAUCCCUCUCUCUCUUUUCACCCCCAUUUGUGUUUGUUGUUUUAUUCUUUCCCAUUUGUUUUUCUCUCAUGUAAAAUGAAUAAAAUUUUCUAAUUGUGUGCA